UUUUUGUACAAUGGCCUAAGCCUGGCUCAAAUACUUUCUUAAACUGCACUGACAAUUUGUUUACUAUUUCACUAAUUUUACUUUGUGCCUUUUCAAUUUCUAACACUUUAAUCGGCUCUUCACUCUUUUUAAUACUAGACACUAUUUGAUAUCCCAAUUUAUUCUCAACUUCAAUUAUCCAUGGUAGGCCAAACAAAUUCAAUUUUUCACUUGUGACAUGUGUCACCAAUACUUGUUUACUAUCGUCUACUUCGACACUCGCCAAAAAACUGCCCAACAUACUAAACUCGUUUCCUGUGAAACUUCUACCCUUGCAGGGCACUCCAGUGAGCUUUGGGCUACCAAUAUUCUUCCAUGUCACUUCAUUUAUACAACUGAUUUGAGCGCCUGAAUCCAAAAUGAAUUCCACUUCGUUUCCGUUCACUAACACUUUUUUUGUUAACCAUUUAGGUUUCACACUCAUACUCACAUGGAGAAUAUCGACACUGUUCUUUACAUUACACUCAUGGUUUUCCCACCAUGUUUUUACUUUACUUGUCAGGGCCAUUUUUCUUUUGCUGUUGCCGAACUUUUCUUUUGUAGCUGUUGCUGGACUUUUCUUUUUGUAGCUGUUGCCGAACUUUCUUUUCGAAGUAGACGAGAAUGGUUUGCGACCGCGC